AUGAUACCAAAUAGUUUAAGUCAACAACAAAUGCCUCCAAUAAUACCUCCAGCACCUAUUUCCUCUAAUUUGCCUUUAUAUAAACAACAUUCUUCCUUUCAGAAUACAAGUAUUCAAUCAGUAUUUGGCGGUGGAGGGUGGACAGCAGCACCUCCUCCACAACAACCAUUUCCUAGAGCUACAGUAAAAUGGCGUAAUGACUAUACUUUCAAUGCUGCCUUUCCAUUUUAUUCAAAUAAUUCACCACAAUCAACAUCAAUACCCUCAACAACAAUUGGGUGUAAUAAAUAUUUACCUUCUUCACCCCAACAACAAAAAAGCAAUUUUAGAGGGGCUUUUUCUGAUGUUGAUUUUGGAAAUAAUAGAAAAGUUCGUCAUCCAUUACUGUCCAACGGUUCAGUAGAAACAGGAAAGGGUUUAGUAACUGAUGGCAGAACUGUUGCAGAUAUUUUUUCCUCUCAAGAAUACAAAAAUUGGGCAAGUGAAGAUGAGGAUAUAAUUAAUAAUCAACAACAACAUCGUUCACGUUGGAGUACUUUUGGAACUUGUAAUAAAAUUGAUGGUGGUGGGGGUGGGGGUAAUGCAAUUCGUUCAAAUUCUUUACCUUCUAAAGCUUUAUUGGCUAAUGAUAUUCUCGAUCGUUUACAUGUUUCUCCUUUAAUGAAUAGAAGAGUUCCUUUACGUAUGGCAGGCCCAGGUUUUGAUGUAGAUCAAUUAGCGAGUAAUGGAAGUUUGGGGAAUUCUUUAACUGGAAUGUUAAGUGUUACGAUUGUUGAGGGAAGAAAUUUAAAAGUUCCAGACAGAAUUCAUUCAAAAAAAUUAUAUUGUGUGCUUGAAAUAGAUGAAAUACACAGAGCCCGUACUGGAAUAUCUACACCUGAACAAUAUUUUCGUUGGUCAGAACGUUUUGAUAUCGACGUUGUUUGUGCAAACGAUGCUUCUUUUUUUGUUUAUGCUUGGCAUCCACAAUUAAGGCAUCGUUUUUGCCAUAAAGGGGAUAUUCGUCUAAUGGAUGUUUUGUUAGUUGAUGGAUUUUGUGGAAAUAGAAUUUUUUCUUUAAAUUUAGAACCAAGAGGGCAAUUACUUUUAAAGAUAGCUUUUGAGGAAAUGAAGAUUUGUUUUUCACGAAUAAAUAAAAGGCCAAAUAAUAAUCAAUUCGGUCAAUCCCUCAAUUUAUUACUUCAACGAGAACAAAGCGAAGUACCUAUUGUUUUGCAAAGAUUAAUUACUGAAAUUGAAAGGAGAGGGUUGGAUAAUUCUGGAAUUUAUUAUUUGUGUGGUGCAAGUGAAAGGAAAGACCAUUUACGUGCUCAACUUGAAGAAAAUGCAAAUGAAGUAGAUAUUGGUGAACAACCUGUACCUGAUAUUAAUUUACUUACUUGUCUUGUUAAAGAUUUUUUACGUGAACUUUCUGAACCUUUAAUACCUUGUAAUAUUUAUGCAAUGUUGUUAGAUGCUGCUGGUGUUAUGCCCCCAAAUGAUUCUGAUGGAAAUCAAAAAUUAAUUAUGAGAAUUGUUGAUUGUUUACCUACACCAAAUAAGACAACUGUGGUAUUUCUUAUGGAACAUUUGAAGCAUUUACUUUUAUCGGAACCUCAUAAUGGAAUGACAAUGCAAAGAUUAUGCAGUGUUUUUGGACCUUUAAUAUUUUGUACAUCAAACCCUUCUCACCAAAUUCAAGGUAUAGUAUCAUCAGCAACAACAACAACAGAUUCUGAUAAACAAAAUACUUCAAAAUAUUUAAGUUCAAUUUCUGUUGACCCUUUAAGUGUACAACAAGCAAGUAUUGCAUUAAAAUUGCUUAUUGAAAAUUGGCCUAAAAUUAGUGGAAAUAGUUGA